AUUUCCCCAGACCGAUGCACAUCUACCCCUCCUUUUAAAAAUGUGAUAGAAAUAUAAACCCGGAGAAUAUUUGGAUACGGUGGUCUUAUAAAGUAAUUGGAAUUUCGCCGGAAAAACAAAACUCCGGUACCGGAAUGAAGAGGUGUGAGCUGUGCAGCCACUUUGCUCGGAUGUACUGCCAAUCCGAUAACGCUAGCCUCUGUUACGACUGCGAUCAAAACGUUCACUCGGCCAAUUUUCUAGUAGCCAAACACUCCCGAACUCUCCUCUGCCAUAAAUGUCAAUCUCCGACUCCCUGGAACGCUUCCGGCGUAAAUCUCGGUCGCACAGCCUCCGUAUGUGUUAACUGUCUUGACGAACAUCCAUCUCAACGGCGAGUGUUGCAGGAAGGUGAUACUAGUCUCCGUGGAAACGAUGUCGUAGAGGAGAAUUGUGAUGUACAUGAUGAGGAUGAAGACGGAGAUACAGACGACGACGAUACAGAAUCAAGCGAUGAGAGUGAAGAUGAGGAUGAGGAUGAAGAUGAAGAUGAAGAUGCAGAGAAUCAGGUGGUUCCGUUGUCGUCAGCCGCGUCGCCACCGGCCACCGGUUCUUCGAGCAGUGAGGAAUUUUCUUCAAGUAGACUCUCAUCUGAUGGUUUUAGAUCCGCAUCUAAACGAGAACGCCUGGAUCCUUGUAUCGAUUCUGAGGACGAUACACCAUGUUCAUCGGAAAAAUCCAGCAGUAAAAGGAGGACGGAGAUUGAUGAUGCUAUUGCAUUAGGAUAUUUCAGGCCAUCAAAUAGAAUCGGAGAUCGUGGUGAAGCAUGUGAUUGCCUGAUUGAAUCUUCUUCUAUUGAUUCAAUUCAAGUUGAACAAAUCUCCACUUUCACCAGCGCUCUUAAAUUUCUUACACUGCUUUCUUCGUACACAGUUUCAAGAAGAGGCCACUGGUUCUUAUACCCAACAAGUUGUAAGGGGUUGGCAUUAUUCAAUACAAUGGUUACAAAAAAAAUUCAUCAAUUCAAAUCAAUGUUCAAAUCUACACAUAUUCAUAGACCAGGGUCAAGUAUAAAACGAUGGAAUCACCAGCUAAUUUGCAAGAUUGAAUUGAACUGUGAAUCUGCAUAAAUGGAUUUUAUUUCACUAUGAAUGAUCUUGGAGCUCAAAGCUGGAAAAUGCCUCUGAAUUUGUGAUCUUGAAGAAAGAAAGCUUAGAGGUAUGAACUUGAUCACCUUAAAUUUUAACUACAAUGGAGUAAUACAGGACAAUUUUGAAGUCAAUGUAUGAAGCUCUAUGAUUCUAUAAUUUCUUUGAUCUAUAGUAUACUGUAUUGUUCACUGUUCUUCAAAAAUACAUUAUCGUCUAUGAUUUGUUGUAUAUGGAGGAUAAUUGAAGUAGAGUACGAAUGUUUGAUAAAACUGUAUCAUUUGGUGCU